UACAAUAGUUUAAAAUUCACAUGCCGAUGUUCAUGUAAAGUUGGGACCAUACACGUCGCGUCGUGUCAUGACAACUACAUUUUAAAACUACGUUGUAGUAAAUUUUACUGCUUGUGAAUUUUUUGAAGCGUUAAAAUCUAACGAAACGAGAGGUUGGUUUUUAUUCUGAGAACAACAUUCAGUCGCAUAUUGAAUCUUUAACAAACAUUACAGGAUGGCUGAGAGCAAUUUACAAAAAAUCACCUUCAAGAACACAACCAAAAUGAGUUUAAAUGCUCGUUUCACAACCAUCAUGAAAUCACGGCCGCCACCAACUGCGCAAACCGUGCGCGCUCAGACUUCUACUGAUCGAAUGGCCAGUGACAAGAACCGUCGUCUUGCACAGCAGAUGGAAAGACGGCCCGCUGUGGAAGCUGCACUGGGUCAUUCCAAACCCCAAACACCACAGGCAUCAACCCCACCCAAGCUAUCGGUCAGAGAGCGUUUGGGACAUGUUAGAGGAAGAGGUGGAUUGAAUUCCUCUCAAAAUGGAGGUUUUAGAAGUGCUACUACCAGCAGAGCAAGGGGGACUUUUAGUCGUGGUAGAGGAUCUGUCAGAGGAAGAGUACUGACAUCUCCGCUCAGUGGAAGAAUUACCAAAAGUGUUCGCGGCAACUUUAGAGGGCGAGCUCGGGGUGCGUUUAGGGGCUCCCGGGGUCGUGGGGCUUCUGUGGGUCGAGGUGGGAAAAUAAUAAAAAAAGAAGUCUCCAAGGAUGCUUUGGACAAUGAUCUGGACUCCUACAUGUCAAAGACCAGGGGCUCGAUGGAUGCAGAGCUUGACGAGUAUAUGGCUAACCAUAUUUGAAGCAAAUUUCUCCAAACUUUAGACACAGAAUGAGUUUUAUCGAUUAACCAACUCUGUAGAAUGCCCAAACGCGGCCUUGGUAACAUGUUUAUGGAACUGUUGUGCGUUUAAAAAUCAACGUAGUUUAAGUGAACAUUUUAUAUCUCGUACUGGAUCACUUCAUUACCAUUUAUUGAAAGUAUUGUAAAUAAAACUUCCGUUUCUAAAAA